AUGACAAUUAUUAUUGAACAUAAAUCUAUAGAUUUAAAAAAUGAUGACUCUAUAAUAGAAAUUAAUUUAAAAAAUAUAACUGAAAGUGAUGACAAUGUUGGCUGUGCAAAUGACGAUGCAUCGACAUCAAAUAGUAAUUUUAAUCAUAACUCAAUAUCAGAUGAAUCAAAUAAUAUAAUUAAAAAUAAUGAAACAAUUAGUAAUAUGGAAAAAUGUAAUAGUGAAAAAUAUAAAAAAAAUUAUGAUAUGUUUACAAAUGAUUGGACAUACAACCAAAAGAUACCAGGACGUCCAUAUUAUUUAUUCGAAACUGAUGAAUUAUCUAAAUUUAAAAAAGAUAAACCAUGGUGGUAA